AUGUAUCGACCACAAUUCCAUAAGGCUCUGCGGUUACAGAGGCUUUCGGCCUUGCAUGGCCCAUGUCGGACGAGGGUUUCUCGCGCCGGAUUCUCCACCUCGGGGCGCCGCGACAUCAUGGGAAUGACCGGAUUUACAGAAGAACAGCUCACGGUGCGGGAAGCAAUCUCGCACAUUUGUUCAAAAUUUCCGAAUACAUAUUGGCAGGAGCGCGAUCAACAAGAAAAGGAUCCUAAGGAAUUCCACGCCGCGUUAGCAAAAGAUGGAUGGCUUGGUAUUGCUUUACCCGAGUCGCUUGGAGGUGCUGGCCUAGGUAUGUUUAUGUGGACAGAGACAAUUGAAAUGCACGAAGCUAAUCCCUACACAGGAAUCUCCGAGGCCACAAUGAUGAUGCAGACGAUUACCCAAUCUGGCGCUGGUAUGGCAGGCGCACAAUCGAUCCAUGCCAACGUGUACGCAACCCAGCCAUUAGCCAAGUUUGGCAGCAAGGAGCAGCUGGAGACUACCAUUCCGAACAUCAUUAACGGAACAUGGCGCACCUGCUUUGGAGUCACUGAGCCAAAUACCGGACUUGAGACUCUGAAACUCACGACACUCGCCAGCAAAACCGACGACGGCUAUUCAGUCACAGGCCAAAAAAUCUGGAUUACCUGUGCGCAAGUGGCAUCUAAGAUGAUUCUUCUCGCACGGACCACGCCCCUAGAAGAAGUCAAGAAGACCAGCGAGGGUCUCUCCAUGUUCUGUAUUGAUAUUGACCACGAGAAUCCUGGUCUGGAUUUGCGAAAGAUCAAGAAAAUGGGCGGACGUGCUGUCGAUGCCAACGAGGUCUUCUUUGACAAUUACAAAAUCCCAGCAAACACCCUGAUCGGCGAAGAGAAUCAAGGAUUCAAGAUCAUUCUCCACGGCAUGAACGCAGAGCGCUGUCUUCUGGCUGGCGAGGCCCUCGGUCUGGGUUAUGCCGCGCUCGAGAAGGCAUCGCAGUACGCAAAGGACCGUGUGGUGUUCGGGCGCCCAAUAGGACAAAACCAAGGCGUUGCUCAUCCGUUGGCCGAUGCGUACAUGAAAUUGGAAGCGGCAAAGCUGGCUACCUACCAUGCGGCACGUCUUUAUGAUACAAAGGACGAUUCAGUUCCCUUCCAUGAGAUCGGCGUGGCUUGCAACAGUGCCAAGUAUUUGGCUGCCGAGGCGGCUUUCACGGCGUGCGAGCGGGCAGUUCUGGCCCAUGGCGGUAUGGGUUAUGCGAUGGAGUAUGAUGUGGAACGGUACAUGCGUGAGUGUUUUGUUCCUCGCAUUGCGCCUGUCAGUCGGGAGAUGAUCUUGAAUUAUGUGAGUGAAAAGGUGCUUGCAUUGCCUCGGAGCUACUAA